CGCAAAAAAAUCCCAGCAAAUCUCCGUUCCCUUCUCUCAUCACUUCGCUCAAAUUCUCGAUUCGCGAUCCGACCACUCCUUGAUUGAUCCGCCCAGAUCUAUAGAAGCUCGACCGUUCUCCUCUCCUUCGUCUGAAUCUAGGUUUAACAGAGCGGAUCUCGUGAUGGAUUUCAUGAAGGUUUUGGAUCAGACCGUUCGAGAGAUAAAGAGGGAGGUGAAUCUGAAAGUGCUCAAGGUCCCGGAGAUCGAGCAGAAGGUUCUUGAUGCACCACCAACCAGCGACGAACCCUGGGGUCCUCAUGGAUCUGCUCUGGCAGAGCUUGCUCAGGCCACAAAAAAAUUCUCUGAGUGCCAGAUGAUUAUGAAUGUUCUUUGGACCAGAUUGACCGAUACAGCAAAUACAACCUCCAACCAAGUGGAUCUAUUUGGUGAAAGCUUAGUUGAUCUCAUGGAUGCACCAACAUCUACACCAUCAGAGCCUGCAUUCUUCAGCAACACCAACACUCCUGAAGUUGACCUAUUUGCUGAUGCGACUUUUGUAUCAGCCUCACCUCACUCUGAAGCAACACCAGGUUCUCAUGAUCAGGACAAUGUUGAUCUCUUUGCUAGUCAACCUGCCUUUCCUCCCCCUCCUGCUGCAAAUGUUGCAAAUGUUGAUUUAUUUGGAGCAUCUGAAGUGAAGUACUCUACCUCAGAGCCGGAACACUCGACAACAUUUGAUCCUUUUGCAGUUCCUGAUUCAAGCAAGCAUGCUGACACAAAGUCCUCUGCUUCAGAAGCUACAAACACAAAAGCCUUUGAUCCUUUUGCCGCGAUUCCACUGAACAAUUUCGAAGAAUCCGACUCCUUUGGCGCCUUCACAUCUCAUACUCAGUCUGUGACAACAGAGCCUCAACAAAAUGCGACAAAGAACAGCCUCCGCAGCUUGGAACAGACAUCUUCAAUGGCAUCCAAGCCUGCACCCAUGAAGAAUGCUUUUCAAGUCAAGUCAGGGGUAUGGGCUGAUUCUUUAAGCCGUGGAUUGAUUGAUCUAAACAUCACAGCCCCCAAGAAGGCAAAUCUAGCAGGUAUUGGAAUAGUCGGUGGACUUGGCGAUACUUCAAACAAUGGAAAAGGAACGGCGACACCGUGGUAUAUGGCUGAUACUACUGUGGGUUUGGGAUCAGGUAUUCCUCCCUCAAAUCCAAGCAUGGGGGGGACUAGCUUCUCUACUUCUGGUCAGCAGCAGUAUGGAAGCUUCAAGUGAUACAUGAUUUCUUAUUUUUACAUGUUAAUUUUUGUGAGCUGAGUGAAUUGGUGGGGUGUUAUGCGAAAGUAUUAUAUAUCUUUAUUGUUGUUGUGCAUUGCGGCCUUAUUUUGCUUCAAUUUAUGAUGUAGUGUGUUCUUUGUGUAACCUUAUGUAUUAUGGUUUGUGAAUAAAAUAGCUCAUAUGCCAACAUUUAUUGGA